UUACCUCAAACGAGAACUCUUCUGACCCGGAAGCAGAAGAAAGCGGAUAGUUGUUCCGGUGUUCUUUGAACGCGCCGAGAAAAAUCACAGAAGGAGGUGCUUUGGAGCUGAUGGGGGACGAAAAGGAAACCUGGAAAGUGAAAACGUUAGACGAAAUUUUACAAGAGAAGAAACGCAGACGAGAGCUGGAAGAGAAGAGCGAUCCUAAACAACUGAAGAAUACGGAUGAUCGGAAAUCCAAAAGGGACACUCCGGAGGAAGGAGAACUACAUGACCACAGGAUGGAAAUAACAAUACAGAAUUCACCCUAUACGCAGGAAGACUUGACUGAAGACAGAGGAGAGGAGGAUGAAUCUCUGGCAAUUAAACCUCCACAGCAGAUGGCCAGAAAAGACAAAUCACACCACAGAAAAGAGGAAAAAAGAAAAGAUAAGAGGAGACACAGAAGCCAUUCUGCAGAAGGAGUGGGGAAAAAUAUGCGAGCAAAAGAAACAGAGCGGGAAAACGAGAGACGGAAGAGACCAUGGCAGGACGACAGCAAAACUCGCAGAGAUUACGAACGUCAGAAACAGAGAGAUCAGGCCAGAGCUCAUUCCCGCAGAGAGAGAGAUCGACUGGAGCAACUGGAGCGUCAGCGGGAAAGAGACCGCAAGCUCCGUGAACAGCAGCAGAGAGAGCAGCGAGAUCUGAAGGAGAGAGAGAGGAGAGCAGAGGAGCGUCGCAAAGAGAGAGACCCCCGCAGGGAAGGGUCCAUGUCUCACCAUAGAGGGGCUCCUGGUGAUGAGUAUUCAGAGAAGGGCCGGUCUCGACACCGCAGUCGCAGUCGUACCCCUGUUCGCCAGCCGAGAGAGCCCAAAGCAGAGAACAGCGAACAACGGCAGAGAGCAGUGCGAGAGGGGAAGACAGACGAUAAAGAUCUGCUGUCUGAUCUUCAGGAUGUGAGUGACAGCGAGAGGAAGACCUGCACACCAGAGUCAUCAAUGGGCUCUGGUUCGGGCACUGAGGAUGAUGGUGGUGAGGAGAAUAAUGAAGAGGAGUCCAGCAGUCAGAGUGAAGGAAAUGAAGAGGGUGAAACAGCAUCAGACUCUGAGGGCUCAGAACAGAGCAGAGGUGACUUAAGUGUGGAUCAGUCAGAGGAGGAUGAAGAGGACAUAGAGAAUGGAGAUCACAUCCCCCCAAUUCCAGAGUCACGGUUUGAUCAUGACUCAGAGGUGAGCGGUGAGGAAGACGAGGCAGAGGAAGUUGAUGAAGUACUUGAUGUUACACCACAGUCUCACACUCACUCGGCCACUCCAGAAGACAACUACAUCCCCGAAUCGCCUCCCAUCUCACCUGUAGAGCUGAAGAAAGAGCUGCCCAAAUACCUGCCUGCUUUACAGGGCUGUCGGAGUGUGGAGGAGUUUCAGUGUUUGAACCGCAUUGAAGAGGGCACUUAUGGAGUCGUCUACAGAGCCAAAGACAAGAAGACCGAUGAAAUUGUGGCCCUGAAGAGACUGAAGAUGGAGAAGGAGAAGGAAGGCUUCCCCAUCACCUCCCUUCGAGAGAUUAACACCAUCCUGAAAGCCCAGCAUCCAAACAUUGUCACCGUCAGGGAGAUUGUUGUUGGCAGUAAUAUGGAUAAAAUCUACAUUGUGAUGAAUUAUGUGGAGCAUGAUCUGAAAAGUCUGAUGGAGACCAUGAAACAGCCCUUCCUGCCUGGUGAGGUGAAGACAUUGAUGAUUCAGCUCUUGAGAGGUGUCCGUCAUCUCCAUGACAACUGGAUCCUUCAUCGUGACCUGAAGACCUCCAACCUGCUGUUGAGUCACAAAGGCAUUUUAAAGAUUGGAGAUUUUGGCUUGGCCAGAGAGUAUGGAUCACCUCUCAAGCCCUACACACCUGUAGUGGUCACACUUUGGUACCGCUCACCUGACCUGCUGCUGGGGGCAAAGGAAUACUCUACAGCCGUGGACAUGUGGUCGGUGGGCUGUAUAUUUGGAGAACUCCUAACCCAGAAACCUUUAUUCCCUGGCAAAUCUGACAUCGACCAAAUUAAUAAAAUAUUCAAGGACUUGGGCUCUCCCAGUGAGAAGAUCUGGCCAGGUUACAAUGAGCUGCCUGCAAUUAAGAAGAUUACCUUUACUGAAUACCCCUAUAACAACCUGCGCAAACGCUUUGGAGCACUUCUCUCCGACCUGGGCUUUGACCUCAUGAACAAAUUUCUAACAUACUGUCCUGCCAAGCGGAUCAGUGCUGAUGAAGCUCUCAAACACGAAUAUUUCCGUGAGACACAGCUCCCCAUCGAGCCCUCCAUGUUCCCCACCUGGCCGGCCAAGAGUGAGCAGCAGCGGGUGAAAAGAGGAACCAGCCCGAAACCCCCGGAGGGAGGCCUGGAUUUCAGUCAGCUGGGCGAUGAUGACCUUAAGGAUACUGGUUUCCAUUUGACCACUGCUAACCAGGGCGCUUCUAAAGUCGGUCCAGGAUUCAGCUUGAAAUUCUGAGCUCGGCUCAGGGCAUUCUUUCAUUAUGUGACGUGAUGGUCAGACUCCGUUUGAGAACUCAUUGAGUUCACUGAACUUCACAGAGCCUGAGAGACUUUGGGGAACUGUUUUAACUGGCAUUGAGGACCUCCGUGAAGUUCAAGUGCUUCAAAUUACUCAUGUUCAUCUCAAAUAUAACAGCGUUCUUUUGUUUUCUUUGUUUGUCUAAUUUUAAAACCAGCAGCAGGAAAGAGACUUUUUCAGACUACUUUUCUUCUGACAUGUUCUGUCUCUGUAAUUGUAACGUGGUAUAAUGUAAUAUCAACAAUGCAUUUGUGACAUAAGAGUAAGAAAUAAAAACAUUUGAU